GCAACUCGCAUUCAAUAGUUAUCAGUACAGUACGUUGAUUAGUGUGUAGACAGCUCUCCUCUUCAAUAUCGUCCAGCGAGGGAGCCUUUAGCAUCAAAAUAUCGUCUUUUUACCCUAAGAAGAAAAAAAAUCCACAGAAAACGGAUUGUUAUGAUGUCUAGUGGGACUAUAAUAUCCACGUACAUAACGCUGUGUGUAUUGGCCCUUCUCAGCACUUGCUCAUUCAUCAGUGCAACGCCCACCACAAACCAAAAAAUAUGGAUACAGACUAUAAACUACAAAUGGAUCGACGAGGAAAAAGCAGAAGUGACGGCGUGUCUUGAAAGCGAGGCGGACGGGACCCCCUUUGGGCAGGUCGACCUCCUCGUCACCAACGCUCUCGGGAGGGCGUGGCGGACCAGAGGAGGAGGAGGAGCAUUGAGGAAAACGGAGGAGGAAUUUUGCUUCGCUGGGAUAAGUCUCGAGAAGAAGGAUUUGGUGAAGACGUUGAGCUUCAGGAUCUUGGAGAACGGGAGUGAUGAAUCGAUUCAGGAGCUGGAGACGUUCUUCAUAGUCCCAGAGGUAACUCCCAUGAACGAAGACGUCUACGAGAUCUGCUGGAAUGACCCCGAAGGACUCGCUUUUGCCUUGGCCGAAGAAGACGUUGCUCAGCCGCUCGCCUCUCCCCCGGCGGGAUGCCACGAAUGCUGCCUUUACCUUACUUCAAGGAGUCCAGGCGACCUCGUGACCCUGGAAACAGCUGGUACGAAAGAGUCCCUCGUCAGACAGCUGGUGCAAGUCCGCCUGCCUGAAAACCUCGAGGAAAAUCAAACGAAGCCACAUGCAGCCGUUGAUCUCACCAUCAAGGAACUCCACAAGGUAUCGAGAGACGACGACCCGAGCGGAAGAGAACAGAACGUGAAGGUUUUCUUGGAUCCUCACCAAGCAACAGAGGCAGACGAUUUUCUACUCAUUUUAAUUCUGUUAUCAAGCGGGCAACAGAAAUUUUAUGCCUUUUUGGAAAGCAAUGAUGAUGCCACAGAGCUUGAGUUCGAAGGAAAUUUUCAAGAUUCAACUACUGUCAUGAUAAGAGCUAUGAAAGAAGGGGACAUUGUGGGAUUUGGCUCCGUGACUCAGACCAUAACAGACCCGGGAUCUAGGGUGGCGAGGGUAGGGGACGCCAGCGCCCCGUCCCUGAGGGUGGAUCCAGGGGCGCGAGACCAGGUGGACGUCCCUGGAAAGAGUCCCUGCGCGGGAGGCUCUGGCCCUUGCUACUACGUCGGCCAGAGCGCCCCCCCGCCCCCCCUCUGCGACGACCUUCCCAAGAUCAAAUUCUGCGACGCCGUUGUGUCGGAAGUGCAGAACCCGGCCGACGUCCCGGCCCUGGAGCUCCGCAACCGGCAGGAGCUGCGAGUGCAGCAGCCCCGGCCCGACGGAGCGUGGACUGAGGUCGUGGUCUCCAGCGCGCGGGACGACUCCAUCCUGUCUCCCGACGGCUUCGGCUGCGACGACCUGGGCCACGGCAUGUGCUCGCAGCCUGUGGCCGUCGCCGACGACCUGGACGGUUUCGACGCGACGCUCGUCGUGCUGGGCGACGACGGCUACGUCACGGCGUCGCUCGCUGUGCCCUUCGAAGUGCACGGCGUUGCCGCGCUCUCCCUCUCCUCGGACGUCGUGCAGGUGGAGGUCGACCCUCGAUCGGGGGGCACGUACGAGGUCACGCUGCCCGGCCUCUCGCCCCUUCCCGCGGCCACCCAGGAGUGUCAGGUUGGGUCGCCGUGUCGCGUCUGGUUCGCCGAGAUGGACGGCGAACCAGAAAUCUCAGUGAGCGUCAGGAAGGAAUCCAAUACCAUUUAUGAGGAUAUAUCUAAAGAAACGCCUCCUCCCACGGGGCAAGUGCAGGUCAUCACCUCAAUGGACGCUGAAAACCAGACACGAGUCGAAGUCCAGAGCAGCAACGCCGUCACGAAGGUCGCACUCGUGACCUUCGCGUCCAACGUCUCCACCGAAGAUGACUGCGAAGACCUUCUAGCAGUAGCCGGAAAUUCUGAGUAUUACUUCGACGCAUCUGCACGAGGACCUGGAGGCUGGGACUUUGUCUUUGCCGGGUACUGUGAUGACGGGUCGUUGUGCGAAGUGGGCCAGGUCAGCGUGAUCCUCUUGGACAUGGACUCGCGGGUGGGCGUGGUGGGCGCCGCCCGGGGCUCCCCUGACGCUUCUGUCAGGGUCGACGUCGGGAGCCUAGAUGGCGUUGUUGUCGAGGGCGUCGGGUCGUGCGCGAAGGCUGACAGUCCCUGCUACUUCCUGACGGAGGCGCUGACGGCGGGCACUCUCAGGCACUGCGUCACCAUCGCCAAUUCGGCAGGAGGCGGGAGCGGUGAUGUCGAUCAGUGUGACGCGUCUUAUACACCAUUUAAGGAGAUGACGGAAGAGCCGAGGCUGGAGCUCGUCGACGGUAUAUCGCUGAGAGUCACUCUGUCAACACCACCAGCGGGGACUCUCGAAGUGGUCGUUUUCAACCCGGAGACUGAUGACCUUCUGAGUGGUUCAAAUCCAGAGUGUAUUCCCGAGCCAGAUGGAUCCUGCAAUCAAGAGUUAAGCGUCCCACAGGAACUGCAGGAUUUCGAGGUCCUCGUGGUGGCGGUAGACGAGGAUGGGGGCGCGAGGGAGUCCGUCCUUGCUGCGUUUAAGGACUUGAAAGUAUCCACAAGACAGCUUACCGAUAACAUGUUAGAGGUUUCGUGGACAACGAACCAACCCGAAGAUUACUCUGUGUCUCUCCUCUCGUCUGCUCUUUCUUCUUCCACUGCUUCUACCUCAACCUCUUCCACAUCCCCUUCUCCUUCCUCCUCUUCUACUUCCCCUCCUCCUGCUCUUUCUUCCCUUUCUUCAGUCACAGAGAUAAAAAGAACUUGUACAGACGGCCACUGCUGGGUUCAUUUCACUAACCUGGUUCAAGGGGAAACAUACACGGUUCAAGUACACAGAGUAGGCGAGGAUAUGGUCUCCGUAGGGGCCACCGCUGCCAUGAAUACGCCAGCUGAAGACCUCCCUCCGAAGUGCCCCAUCACCUCCAUCACCGCCACCUCCAACACCACCACCCAAAUCGCCGUCGACUUCAGCGCCUUCUCCUCCAAGGCCACCUCAGCAUACCUCGCCCUCCGAUUGGAAGAUGAGGCCAAGGAGCUCGGCUGGGAGGCUGUGCCGGUGCAGGAGAGUCCUACAGUCAACUUCGAGGUGACUCACGAAGGGCAGCACCUCCCCGCUGGACAGAGGGUCUUGCUCGUGUUCUCGGCCGAAGAUGACAGCGAAUCAAAGUCCUGUGUUGGGGAGGCGGUCGUGACGCUGCAAGCCCUGGACGCCCGUCUGUCGUGGGUGGGCGGGGACUACAACCCACAGAAGUCUUCCCUCCGCGUCGACACUGGGUCCCUCGAUGAAGUUUUCGUACACGAAGGGGCUGUUUGCAAGAGGGAAAAAAGCCCGUGUUAUUUUCUCCGCGACGAACUGCCUGAUACUGUUCCUCGGUGCGCAGUUCUCCACACUGAAGACGGGCAGACGAUAAACCAGUGUGAGGUGUAUGUGAGUCCGUUCCAAGACCUCCCCGAACCCCCCCUCCUGGACCUGUACGACCUGAAGGAGAUACGACUCACCUCCAACGACUUCCCGAGAGCAGAACUGGUCGUCUUUCACCUGGACACGAACGCCAUCCUGUCUCCCGACGACUACGCGUGUACAGAGGGUCGUGCGGGGUCGUGCUCGCAGCAGGUGGCCAUUCCCGACGACCUGGAGGUGUUUGGGGUCGUGGUCGUGAUGCUGGACGAGGAGGACGACGUCGAGGGGUCGUUCGCGCUGGAUUUCCAAGUACACAAAGCGGCCGUCGACCAGCUAACUCUCGACGUCUUCCGUGUUAGCCUGGGCAGCUCGAACACCGCCGGAAGCUACGCAAUAAAGCUACACGGAGAGGCUAGUGUCCAGUGCGAUAACAACACCCCAGACGAGCCACUGUGUCAGUCAUUCUUCUGUCGUGUGACGGAGACGGAUGAAGUCACCAUUAAGAGGACUGCAGACACUUACAGCGUCACGUAUCCUGUAGUACAUGAAGAACCGCCCCCAAGAUCCGCCAUCUGGAGCGUCACGUCCCUCAGCCAGAGUCCUGCGGGGGAGACUCGCGUGCAGGUCGUGAGCAGCAGCGGCGCCAAGCGAGCUGAGUACGUUACCUUCGUCUCUAACGUCGCCACGGCCUCCGAGGAGCACGACCUGGCGGCUACGACUUCGGAAUACAGCCUGGACGUCCCUUCACACGGAGCGGCCGUGGGGCUUCGUGGGUUUUGGUUAGAAAUGGGACGCUGCUGA